GUCGCCUGCUUGAAAAACGUAGCGCCGCGAUUUCACGGCGAGGCAGUGACCACACGGAAAGCCCCGCGCGUUGGGGGCCUCAGUAGCCCGACAGCCGUUGGACGCGUGAGGAGCGGGAGUGAAAAGCGGCCCGGUUCGGCACUCUACAUCCUACGGAAAUGGCGGAUGAACCCUAAAGAGCAGCUGGGUUGCAGGGCCGGGAGCGAGCGGCCUGGGCCAUGAAUGCUCCAGGCGGGGGCUGGGACGGGGCCUGCGGGGGCGUCCGGCUCCUCCUGGACCUCUGCAUGGUCCCAGUCCCGCCUUUGGACUCCAUACCAGGCCGAGCUUUGGUGCGCUGGGUUCCCCGCCUCCGUGACAGCAAUGCCAGGAGUCCCUGUUGCGGGUGUCUUCAGUGCUUGACAAAGAACAUUUCCAGAUAUGUUGCAGAUAUUAAGCCUUUGCCUCCCAACAUAAAAGAUAAGCUGAUAAAAUUAAUGAGUAUGCAAGGGCGGAUAAAUGAUUCAAACAUCAGUGAGGUGCUGCACCCAGCAGUGGAGAUGCUAGAUCUUAGAGAUUGUGAUAUUUCAGAUACUGCCCUGCUGCAACUUUGUAAUUGCAAGCAACUGAAAAAAAUUAACUUAAAUUCUUGUAAAGAAAACAGACUAGCCAUCACUUCAGAAGGAGUCAGAGCUCUGGCCUUGUCUUGCCCUUAUUUACGUGAAGCCUCAUUUAAAAGAUGCUGCAAUGUAUCAGACAGCGGAGUUCUUGCUCUGGCACUCAAUUGCCAUCUUCUACAAAUAGUUAACUUAGGCAGCUGCUCAGGCAUCACCGAUGCAUCCCUGCAUGCGCUUGGACAGAACUGCAGAUUUCUACAUAGUGUGGAUUUUUCAUCUACUCAGGUGACUGAUAAUGGUGUCAUAGCACUAGUUAGUGGAAUGUGUUCAAAGAAUUUAAAGGAGAUCCACAUGGAACGCUGUGUGACUCUAACAGAUGUAGCUGUGGAAGCUGUCCUUACCUGCUGUCCGGAGAUCUAUAUUCUGCUGUUUCAUGGAUGCCCACUGAUAACAGAUCGUUCCCGAGAAGCCUUGGAGCAAUUAGUUGGACCAAACAAAAUUAAGCAAGUGACAUGGACUGUUUAUUGAUUUUUAUAUAAAGUUCCCAGAUGGUAAAGCUUUUUCAGGAAACAACCAUCUCUGGGGAACAGCUUUCUCUCUGGUAACCACUGUCUUUUGUAAUACCAGAUUCCUUCAUUCUUUGUUUCCACUAGAGCUCUCUGUCAGCAUCCAAGUCCUUUCAUGUCUUAGGUGUGCCUAAUACCCUGUUAAACGAUAUUUCUUGUAAUUAAAGCAAUGCCUCUCUUUA